AUGUCAGCCGCUCCCAUCCCAGUUUGCGUCGUCGGCUUCGGCAACUCGGCGCGCACCUUCCACCUUCCCUUCGUCGCCGCUCUGCCUCAACUGUUCACCCUCCACUCGAUCCAGCAGCGUCCUCGUACCUCGUCCAACUCCUCGUCUCCGGACGCCUCGAAGCUGUACCCCAACAUCCUCAUCCUCCCUGAUUUCGAUGCCGUCCUCACAUCUCUCCCCGCUAACGGCCUGAUCAUCGUGACCACCACCAACGACACCCACUUCCCGUUUGCCAAGCGUGCCCUCGAGUCGGGCUUCAACGUGCUCGUCGAGAAGCCCGUCACGACCGACGAAUCCAACGUGCAGAUCCUCAUCGACCUGCAGCGCAAGACGGGUCGUCUCUGUGCCGUCUACCAGAACCGCCGCUUCGACGGCGACUUCUUGACCAUCCAGAGUCUUCUCAGUGACAAAGGGGCCGAGCCGUCCGCGCUCGGUGUUCCCACCUUCUUCGAAUCGCGCUUUGACCGCUUCCGCCCGUACGCCAAGGGUGGUUGGCGCGAAGAGGUUGAUCCUGACGCCCAAGGUGGUGGCAUCCUGUGGGAUCUCGGUGCGCACCUCAUCGAUCAGGCGCUGUUCCUAUUCGGCCCGCCACAGAGCGUCACGGGCUUCGUGCGCAACCAGCGCAACCAAGGCCCCGCUGCGGUGGACGACGACUGGCUGGCCAUCCUCAACUACCCCGAGUCCGCACCGCUGCCACCGUCCAGCCCAGCGUCUGGGUCGAAGAUCGGCGGGCUGCGCGUGUCGUUGGGCGCAACAUGCCUGUCGUCGCACGUCGAUGCCGAGCAGCCGCGCUUCCGGGUCGAAGGCACUCGGGGGAGCUACGAGAAGCGCGGCACAGAUCCACAGGAGAACCAGCUCAAGCUCGGUUGGACCCCUACUAGCCAUCCCGAGGAGUUUGGUGUGUACGACGAGAGCGAGCCGGACAGCAUCCGUCUCGGGCGGCUCACGACGAUGGUCCGAUCGGACGAAGACCUUUCCAUCCCCGCAGCGGGGAGUGGCGCGCCCAAGCAGCCCGGUUUGAGCGUCGCCAACAUCCCCACCCUGCCAGGGAGGUAUAUCGAUCUGUUUGCCAACGUCGCAGAGUGCAUCAAUGCGGGCAAGCAGGCUGAAGCGCAGGGUGGGGACGCGGCGGAGGCGGUGAGCAAGGUCUCGCUCGUCGGCGUCGAGAGGACGUUGGAUGCGGUUAAGCUCAUCAAGCUGAUCCGAGAGAGCAGUAAGCAGGGUCAGACGCUGCAGUGGUCGUAA